AUGGAACAGAAAAAUAUUAGUAAGAAGGAAACUUCACAAGAAAGCUCAGAUGAUAGUUUCGACUAUGAUGAAUAUGUCAUCGGUGACGACCUAGAUUUAAUGAAGGACAAAAAGAUCCAAGAAGGGAUGCAAAAUGCCAAGGUUAAAAUGAAUAGAUCUGUUGGUAAAUAAGGUCGCAGGACUGUUCAAAGGAUUUUUCAGCAAAGCUAGCCAAAAAGUUCAAUCUUCACUACUCAAGAAAAAUUAUAGGAACAAUAGGGAAAGGACUCGGUCUCUACAGCAGCCUGUAUUUACAGAAAAAAUUACGCUAGCUGAUGAUCCUGAAGAGUAUAUGCGCAAAGACUCAAUGUAUCAUGGUAAUAUGAGCGACUUGAUGCAGAGUCAGAUGAACUAUGAUCCUAUAGUAGGCAAGCUGAUUCCUAAUUCAUCUCGAGGAGAUGUGUCUAGAAGCGUUAUUGUCAACUCUCCUCACGAAUAUCGUAAGGCGACUGCCUCACCUGAAAACAAGAAGGAAAUUGAAUACGAAGAAGAUAGUCCUCAUGAGAAAAUGGUUCAAGACAAAGAACCUAGUAUUUUGGAGAAAAUUCAAGAAACCACUUCUGAUGAUGAAGUCCUUCAGGAAAUUGAAGACCCUAAAAAGUCUAUUGGUGCAAUCAUCCAAGAAUCUCUCGAUGCUUCAAAAGGAAGAGAACUCUCAGAUGGUAGUACAGAGGCUAAAGCACAGGAAAUAGUAGAUCAGAUUAAGGAUAUACUUGCCAAACAAUUUGAGAAACAGCUUCUGGCUGAAAAAGAUACUCAUUUCGGAGUAAAAUGAGAUGAAUGCCUCGCAGAACCUAUCAUAGGCAUUAGGUAUAAAUGAGCAAUUUGAAUCGAACAUAACCUCUGAGAAUACUGUGAGAUUGAUAAUACACAUGAACAUAUUUUCAUAAAACUGAGAAACAGAGAUGUUCGUGUCCCAAUGUAUUGAGAAAUCAAGCAUAUGGUAGAAAAAUUACCUAAAAUAAAGCCAGAACAGAAUAUUUCAAAGAAGAAGGAAUUUUCAGGAUACCCUCAUCUUUAUGUUGAUUCAAGCUCCGUUUUUGGGAAUAGCGGAAACCCUGUGAAGUCAGCUAUAGACAUACAGAAAGCAACUUUGGUGCCUAUGGCUGAUAAAGAUUUUCUUAAAACGAUUCAGAUCGAGGAGAUAGUUGAUGAGGACUCGAAUGUUGACUUGUUGAUUUCAAUUUGAUGGUACAUCAAGAAUAAAUCAGAUGAAGCAUAUCCCUCUGAUCCUGAGAGUUUAAUUUUCCGAUGUCUUGCAAAUGACAAUCUGAAUUUGAGAAAUAGCUAUGUUAAACUGCCAGAUCAGAAGUUAACUAUUAGAAACCUGUCACCAUUGCCUCUCCCUCCAAAUAAGGUUAGCACUCUUAGCAUGUGGUUUGUUCUUCCUUCAAAGUUGAGAGCUGGCUUGUUUAAAAGAAAGAAGGUUCUUAACUUGACAUUCAGUCUAUUUGACGAUACCAGCAAGCACUACAUAGGGUCUAACCUCCCUUGAACUAUUCCCUUGUAACAAUUGGCUGCCUAAGUCAUGUCAAUUUCAACCAUAGCUG